ACGGCUAUUCGGCUAAUAGCUUUGGAUUAGACGCGGCGUGUGAUGUGAUGCUUCAAUGUUGAGCAUAAAUUGUUGUGUACAUCGGGAAGUAGAGUGAAGACUGUAUAAAUUAUCUGCGAAUGUUGUGAUUUGUGUGCCUGAUCUUGGUGGAACUGUGUUUGCCAUCAAAUAAUUCAGAAGAACAAUAUUUAAAAUCUUAGGAAUCGUGGCGCAGGACGUUUGCAUUUGACAUAAACUGCAAUGACCUCUAUUUCAUCGCCAUCAAUAGAACUAAGUAGUUACCGUGAUCAACAUUUCAAGGGCUCAAGAGGUGAGCAGGAAAGACUUCUACGGACAUCAUCAACUCUUUAUGUUGGUAAUCUUUCUUUCUACACCACUGAAGAACAAAUAUAUGAGCUAUUCUCAAAAUGUGGGGAUGUGAAAAGAAUUAUCAUGGGUCUUGACAAGUAUAAGAAAACACCAUGUGGAUUUUGUUUCGUUGAAUACUAUUGUCGUGUUGAUGCUGAGGGUUGUAUGAGAUACAUUAAUGGUACACGCCUUGAUGACCGUAUCAUUCGUACCGAUUGGGAUGCAGGCUUUGUUGAAGGACGUCAGUAUGGUAGAGGAAAGACUGGAGGGCAGGUGCGAGACGAAUACCGUACAGAUUAUGAUGGUGGACGUGGUGGUUACGGGAAGAUAAUACAGCAAAAGACAACCAUGUCAACACCAGUACAAGACGUAAAUGUUUUUGCACGGUAAAAUAUGAAAUUUCUUGUUCAAGUGUAGGGAACAAAGAUAAUUUUGUGAGAAUUUAGUGAUGUGUACUGAGAAUGUAAAAGGACUUUCAGCUGCAUCACAAAAUGAUCUAACUGGACCACUGAGUGCUCUUACUGUAAGCAGAUUUGCAUCAGUAUUUUGACUUCUUUGUACAACAUAAUUUAAAUAUACAUAUUUCAUUUGUUUUCCUAAAAUUAUUUCCUUUGUGCUUCCUGUUCAUAAAUAGUGUAAAUAAGAGUUGGCAGGAAAUAUUGCCAGAUUUUCUCAUCA